GAUGCGCAGGGGGCGGGGCCCGAGCCGGCAGGGGGCGGGGCCCGGUCGGGCAAGGGCCGGCCCCCGCGUCACCAUGGCAGCGGGAACGCAGAGGCGACACUGUAGCAGAAGGAGGCCGUGCUCAGAAGGGCUGGGAACCGAGAUGCGGAACCAGACACACAGAUGAUUUAAGAGGUAGCCCUGAUCCAGCUCUUCUAGGGACUCUGAAGAUGGGGACCCAAGUGGCUAUGAGACUCUGUAACUCCCUGCUGCCAGCAGAGCCCUCUCAACAGCUGCAGGCAUACGUGGCCUGGGUGAAUGCACAGCUGAAGAAGAGGCCAGCGGUGAAGCCUGUGCAGGACCUGAGACAGGACCUCCGGGAUGGGGUGAUCCUGGCGUAUCUCAUCGAGAUUGUUGCAGGAGAAAAGCUGAGCGGGGUACAGCUGAGUCCCAGUAACCAACAGGAGAUGAGGAAUAAUGUGGAGAAAGUGCUACAAUUUGUAGCCUCCAAAAAGAUUCGUAUGCACCAGACUUCAGCUAAAGAUAUUGUGGAAGGAAACCUGAAGUCCAUCAUGAGGCUCGUCCUGGCCUUGGCAGCUCAUUUCAAACCUGGCUCCAGCAGGACGGUGAGCCAAGGACGAGACGCCAGAGCUCCUGUGCAGAGUCACCAGCCACACUGUGCCACUGCUGUGGCCCAGGGAGCAGCUGCUGCUCUGGCCGACGUGUGUCACGACAUGUCACGGUCAGGGCGGGAUGUCUUUCGCUACAGACAGAGGAACAGCAGCAUGGAUGAGGAGAUUGAGAAUCCCUACUGGAGCGUGCGAGCCCUGGUGCAGCAGUAUGAAGGUCAGCAGAGGUCCCCGUCCGAGUCCAGCUGCUCCAGCUUGACUUCCCCAAGUCCUAUCCACAGUGCAAAGAGCGAAUCCAUUAUAACCCAGUUGGAGGAGAAGGCAGACUUUGUGAUUAUUCCCACUGAAGGAAUAGAGAACAGAACAGAGGAGACAGACUCUCCAUUAUCCCGGGACUGGCGACCAGGCAGCCCUGGAACCUACCUGGAGACUUCAUGGGAAGAACAGCUGUUGGAACAACAAGAACAUUUGGAAAAAGAAAUGGAGGAAGCCAAGAAAAUGAUAUCUGGAUUACAGGCCUUACUGCUCAAUGGAUCCCUACCCGAAGAUGAACAGGAGAGGCCCUUGGCCCUCUGUGAACCAGGAGUCAAUCCCGAGGAACAAUUGAUUAUAAUCCAAAGCCGUCUGGAUCAGAGUGUGGAGGAGAAUCAGGACCUCAAGAAAGAGCUGCUGAAAUAUAAACAAGAAGCCAGAAACUUACAGGGGAUAAAGGAUGCCUUGCAGCAGAGGCUGACUCAGCAGGACACAUCUGUCCUUCAGCUCAAACAAGAACUACUGAGGGCAAAUAUGGACAGAGAUGAGCUGCACAACCAGAACGUGGAUCUGCAGAGAAAGCUUGAGGAGAGGAACCGGCUCUUGGGAGAAUAUAAAAAGGAGCUGGGGCAGAAGGACCGCCUCCUGCAGCAGCAGCAGGCCAAGCUGGAGGAAGCACUUCGGAAACUCUCUGAGGUGGAUCUGGAGCGGGAGCUGGAACACAAAGAUGUCCUUUUGGCCCACUGUAUGAAAAGAGAGGCAGAGGAGGUAACCAAUUACAACAGUCACAACUCUCAAAGCAACGGGUUUCUCCUUCCCGCGGCAGGAAAAGGAGCUCCUUCAGUCACUCACAGAGGGACCAGCGACCUGCAGCUUGUUCGUGAUGCCCUCCGCAGCUUGCGCAACAGCUUCAGUGGCCACGACCCUCAGCACCACACCAUCGACAGCCUGGAGCAGGGCAUCGCCAGCCUCAUGGAGCGCCUGCACGCCGUGGAGACCCAGAGGAAGCAGGAAAGAAGGGUUCGGGGUAAGUCCCCCAGAACUCAGGCAAGUAGUGAAUACCGGGAGUCCUGGCCCCCAAAUUCAAAGUUGCCUCACUCACAGAGCUCUCCAACUGUCAGCAGCGCCUACACGAAAGUGCUCUAUUUCACUGACCGGUCACUUACGCCCUUCAUGGUCAAUAUACCAAAGAGGUUGGGGGAGGUGACCCUGAAGGAUUUUAAAGCCGCUAUCGACCGGGAAGGAAAUCACCGGUAUCACUUCAAAGCGCUGGAUCCCGAGUUUGGCACUGUCAAAGAGGAGGUUUUCCACGAUGAUGAUGCCAUCCCUGGCUGGGAAGGGAAGAUUGUAGCCUGGGUGGAAGAAGACCAUGGAGAGAAUUAAUGCUGAGUAUUAGACUGGGGGCUUGUGGAACUUGGCACUCCCUGGCUGCUUCACUCAGGAAAGAGGACUAAAACCAGAACACAGUAAGAAGUUUUCAGUUUGUGCUGCCAAAACAGAAGUUUCUCCCAGGGUGAGAGCCACAGGCCAGUCCUGUUUCUGUGCCUGGCAAGUGUGUACUUAAAAUCCCUGUCCAAAUGUAGACCAUGGGUUCUUCUGGAGUUCCUUGUCCGUGGGAACACAGUGUUUUAUUCUACUCUGAGGACAACAAACCGAAGGCCUUAACCAAUGGGGAUGGAUCAUCCCGCUCCUGGAUGGGCAUGGCUGCUAUUACCUGGAACCUGGGAACUGGAUGCAUCACUCCUGUGUGUCACAGUAUUAUCUGAAUUGGCCUCAAUGGUUGCAGCAAUCAGAGUCCCAGCAUUUGUACUCACAGACAAGGCAAAGGUACCAGCUUUUUUGCUUCUUUGCAGCUAUUGCAAAUCAAGAAUAACUCAUAAGGUGGUACCAAAGAUGAAAGCCAACUCUUCAGGAAUUUUUUUGGACUGGACACAGAUGGUGCUGAACUGUUGAUUGGAUUGAAAAAGGGCUGCCCGUAUUGUGCUAUACUAUGCUGAAACCAUAAUUAAGACAGACCUUGGGCUGCCUCUUGUGUCUUAACUGGUUCUGCAACUUGUCCUGUAGCCCACAGAGGGCAUAUUUCAUGUACUGCUAGUUGUCUCUGGGGACUCUUUAACUUUAGAGCCAUUUUUUUUCCCUUCCAAGUGAUGAACUUUGUGUUUGAAAGGAAUAAGGAGUGAAAGUCUCCUUCAUAAUCCAGGCGGGUAUGGAAAGGUGCUGCUACCCACAUCUUCUUGACUUUCUUUCUCUCAUGACUUUCUUUAGCUCAUGGUGUCUCCUUUGCAGUCAAAAGGAGACAGACCAUUAGUUUCAGUAUUUGUGAUUUAUGAGUACUAAGCAUGAGUUACUUGUCUGUCCCCCUUCAUUUCAAGGCCAGAGUUAAUUUCUAUUAUAUAUUUAGUCUAGGCUAAUCCCUUAGGGCACAGUAGAAACCGUGGGGGCGUGGAGCAGGAGUUGGGAAUGGCAGGGUUGGUUCUGGGUGCAAAACCUGAGAAUCCUUUCUCAUGUGCAACACUGUCAGCUGUAGAAGCUAGAAGAGUUAAACUUCCAGAGAUUACUUAGUAUCUUGGGUUUUCUCAUUCCUUCACCACGGACCAUCCACCAGUCAGAUACAUGCGUGUGAUCACCAACGUACACUGCCAACCGGAAGAGUCAGACAGAUCAGCUGUGGGUUCUUGAGCUGUCUGUCUCUAGUUCAUCUCCCCUUUUCAACCAUUUCAACAGACUACUUGUUGGAGUUCUGAGAUGACAUUUUAUGGUUUUAUAUAGAUGUGUCUUUUUAAAAUAGUUCAUGUUUGGAGAAUUCUUUUGUACUCAUUUGUUUUUUGUCCAAGAACCAUGUCUAUUUUUAUAACUUGAGUGUGAGCUCUGUAUAUUCUCACAUUCUGUAUACGGUAUCCAUUUUCUAGAGAACCCAGUAGCUUUUAUACAGGCUCUUCUCUUCUUACCAGCCCUUGUGGUUUCAGAACCAGCUUUAUUUUAUUACAAGUACACUAAUGACAACUAACUCCUGUUCCAACCCUACCAGCCAUUUUAGCUGUGGAGAUAGUUUAACGUAACCUAUGUGAUUGCUCCUCUAGCAGACAAAUGGAACUCAAAAGACACCUAAUGUCUUUCAUGUGGUCUCCUCCGAUUGAAGAAUGAUUUCUCAUCAGAAAUGCCUGGGAAAAUUUGUGAAAGUCAGUUAAAAGCAAGAAUAAUUCAUUAUGAAAGCAAAUAGAAGAAACCAAUGUAUUCCUCCGUGUUUCCCGCCCCUCCCCCGGAAGUCUGGAGAAAAAGUCCUCAUGUCACCCGUUUCUCUGUUGCAUGAAUUUCAGUGUUUUGCUCUAAGACAGCAUGGGGUUAUCAGGCCAGAAUUUGUUACUGUAUUUUCAAUACAAUUUAUCUUGAAUGUCUGUCUCUUAAGUCAGUUUUUACUUGUCAGGUUUUUUUUUCCCCCAGCAUUCUUACAUUAUGUAGAAAUUCUUAAAUUUCUGUAAUUCUGUAAGAAAUUCUACAUUCUUAAAUUAUGUAGAAUUUAACUUUGCAAAGAAAAUUACAUCACAAAAAUUUCAGAGUCCUCUACCUUCUUUGUCUUUUAUCUCUGUCUCCUUUGGAAAAGGACCUGCAUGGCCUUAGUGCCUCCCUAGAAAGUCUGAGUUGAGUUAAUAGCUCAUUAAUUUCACAUGCCACGGGUAAUAAAUAAGCACACCCACAACAGGAUGUCACUCCAGUAAUGUUUGUGUAAAAUGUGUUGGUAAUCCUCAUUCCACUUUCUAAACAGAGGAGCUUUCUAGGAGGAGUGCCCAUCGAUUCGUUCUGGUUUGAAUAGUCUCCUAUUUGAAACAAUAGGAGGCCUCCUGACUCAUUCAGAGUAUUGUCCCCUACUGGCAUUUGUGUAGGACAGUCCAUCCUGCCACUGCUGAAGUUCUCUUUCUCUGCGAAAACUAAAGAACUAGAAUGUUUAGAGUUCAUGAAAUAAUCUCUAAGCCAUGUUAGAUUACAAAAAAUGACCCUCUAAUAAAUACUAAGUUAGUAGAAAGCUCAAUUCCUUAAAAAGUCUUCAUUUACAAGCUGAAGACUUUGCACUCAGUUAAAGUAGCUGGAAUUGGAACUUUACAAUCUCUACCUAAAGAAUUUAGGUUAAACUUACGUGGUAAUGACAGCCCUACUUACUGACCAGCUUUUCAGCUCUUUUUGACAGAUAGUUGUAAAUUAAGGAAAACAUCUUUAUGCUCUACAUCCAAUUCCAGAGGACUCCAAUUACGUAAAAGCAUUUAGGUCAUAAUUAUAAUAAUUUUCAUUUUUCCAUAAAAUAAACAUUAUGAUUGCACACUCUAUUAUCUGAAUUUAUGUAAGAGGUAUAACUUGCUUAAAAUAUAUAUGUAAAGUUAUAUUUUCUUAGAAACAUGGGUGUUUGCAACCAUUGCUUUCAAAGAGAUUAUUACCAUGUAUUCUGUUUUACAGUAUGUUUUCAUGAAGACUGUGUUGUACCAGAGGCUUCUGAUUAUCAAAGUGACAACCAGUUUUAAUUGCCUGUAUGUACCAGAUUUGUGAACUAAUUAAAAAAACCCAGAAACAAACUAUGAAUAAAAUGGAGUUUGCAAACUAAAUA